AUGACAAUUGCUGGGACUACCACUCCCGCUUUAUCUGCGACCAAAAACAGGCGUGCCGACGCUGCGGCGGAAAAGACCAUCAUGGUGACGAGUGUGAUCGCCCGGAGAGGUGCGCGAAUUGCUUCGGGCCCUUCCAGGCAGACCACAAGGAGUGCCCUGCCAGACCCAGGCGCUCGCUCACACGGCCAACUCGUGCGGCUGUCUAAGAUCGAAAAGCACGCAAUAAGGAAGAUGGGCUCCCGGCUAUAUCGGCAAACCAACAUGGAACUCGAACGGCUGGCGCCAACCACCUCUCCCCAGCCAUCCCAAGGACCGACCCCUUUACCCUGCGCAAGAGCCGUCGAGGCCCGCCAGAUGAAGCGGCCGCCUCCCUCCAGCGCGCAAGCGCCCGACCCCACGGCGCUUCUUCCACUUCAGGACGAGAUAGUGGUCGCAACAGACAGCCCUGAGUCUCCCAAAAAGAGACGUCGACAGAGCACGCACCCGGAUCCCUAUGAGUAA